GAGACGGGGCGGAUGAGGGGAUGGUGAAGUGGAGAGGGGGUGGUGCAGGAGAUGACGACGACGACGACGACGACGACGACAACAGGGUCGAAUCCCGUCGGGGACGCCGGAGGGGCAUGUGCAGGAGGUGCUCCUGCGGGCUCCGAGGUUGUUGCUUCGUCUGUGUCGACGGGGGCGGGUGUGGCAACGAUGACAGCGACGGCGACGGGUGCGUCGGGGAGCGGUGGAGCGAUAGAGAGUUCGGUUGUGGCCGUGCGGGGGGAGAAGAACGGAGUGGCGCGGGGUGGGGAGAAUGCGGACGAGCCGCGGGAGGGCGGGCAAGAGUCGGUGAUUGUAGAGAAGCGCGGGGAGCACGCCGCUGUGUGCAAGUGGACGAUUAGUCAGUUCGCGAAGGUGAAGGCGCGGGCGCUGUGGAGCCGGUAUUUUGAGGUAGGCGGGUACGACUGCCGGUUGCUGGUUUACCCGCGGGGGGAUUCGCAGGCAUUGCCUGGGUACUUGAGCAUUUAUUUGCAGGUUACGGAUCCCCGGGGAUCAUCGUCUUCGAAGUGGGAUUGCUUCGCCAGUUACAGGUUGUGCGUAGUGAAUCAGAAGGAUGAAACGAAAUCCAUUCAGAGGGACUCGUGGCAUCGGUUUUCUGGGAAGAAGAAAUCGCACGGUUGGUGCGAUUUCACGCCGUCGUCGACGGUGCUGGAUGGCAAGGGCGGGUUCGUUGUAAAUGAGGCGGUCCUGAUAACGGCUGAGAUUUUAGUACUGCACGAGUCGGUAUCGUUUUCGAGGGAGAAUGAGCUACCCGCGACAGGGGGUCCUGCUCCCGAAGUUCUUAGUGGAAAAUUCACUUGGAAAGUGCACAAUCUGUCGCUGUUCAAGGAGAUGAUUAAAACGCAGAAAAUUAUGAGUCCCGUGUUCCCUGCCGGCGAUUGUAGCUUGAGAUUGAGCGUAUACCAGUCGUCGGUUAGCGGUGUAGAUUACUUAUCCAUGUGCCUGGAGAGCAAGGACACUGAGAAAUCCAGCGUCCCGGAGCGCAGCUGCUGGUGCCUGUUUCGAAUGUCAGUGCUGAACCAGCGGGCUGGAAUGAACCACAUGCACCGGGACUCGUACGGACGGUUUGCUGCGGACAACAAAAGCGGCGACAACACCAGCCUGGGAUGGAACGAUUACAUGAAGAUGGCGGAUUUUGUGGCUCCGGAGAUGGGGUACCUGGUAGAAGACACCGCCGUGUUCAGUGCUUCAUUUCACGUGAUCAAGGAGUCUAGCACGUUCUCGAAGAACAUAGGGCCACUGAGCGCCAGAGCCAACGCGAAGAAGAGCGAUGGGUAUCAGGGGAAGUUCAUGUGGCGGAUUGAGAACUUCACCCGGUUGAAAGACCUUCUGAAGAAGAGGAAAAUUACGGGGUUGUGCAUCAAAAGUCGGAGAUUCCAAGUCGGUAAUCGAGAUUGUCGGCUCAUCGUGUAUCCGCGAGGACAGUCACAACCUCCGUGCCACCUGUCGAUGUUCCUGGAAGUCACAGAUCCUCGCAACACUUGCGCUGAUUGGAGCUGCUUUGUGAGUCAUCGUCUGUCGGUUGUCAACCAACGUACCGACGAAAGAUCCGUGACAAAAGAAUCCCAGAACCGGUAUUCGAAGGCUGCGAAGGAUUGGGGGUGGCGGGAGUUCGUGACCCUGACUAGCCUGUUCGAUCAAGACUCUGGAUUUCUUGUGCAGGACAUGGUUGUUUUCUCCGCAGAGGUGUUAAUUCUGAAGGAGACUUCUACAAUGCAGGAGCUCUCCGAGUACGAGGGUGAGGCAGCAGCUUCAGGAGGAGGUUCCGACACGGGUAGAAUCGUGAACCGCGGAACUUUCACGUGGCGCGUGGAGAAUUUUCUGGCUUUCAAGGAGAUCAUGGAAACUCGGAAGAUUUUUAGCAAAUUCUUUCAGGCAGGGGGGUGCGAGCUACGCAUAGGUGUAUAUGAGUCCUUUGAUACUCUGUGUAUAUACCUGGAGAGUGAUCAGUCUAUAGGAUCAGAUCCAGACCGAAAUUUUUGGGUGAGAUAUCGCAUGGCGGUGGUGAACGUUAAGCAUGGAGAUCGCACGGUUUGGAAGGAGUCUUCUAUCUGCACCAAGACGUGGAACAAUUCGGUUCUGCAGUUCAUGAAGGUGUCUGACAUGGUGGAAGCGGAUGCGGGCUUCUUGGUCCGAGACACGGUCGUGUUUGUGUGCGAGAUACUGGACUGCUGCCCGUGGUUUGAGUUUUCUGACCUGGAUGUGCUGAUAUCUGACGACGAACAAGACGCGCUGUCCACUGAUCCAGAGGAACUGUUGGACUCGGACGACAGUGAAGGCGUUAGUGGUGACGAAGAGGAUAUCUUUCGAAGCCUACUAGCACGGGCUGGGUUUCACUUGAGCUAUGGGGACAAUCCUCCGCUUUUGUUGGAUCCAUCCCAGCUUCAGAUCACACUGCGCGAGAAGUUGCUGAUGGAUGCGGGAGCUGUGGCAGCGUUUUUAGCAGGCUUGAGGGUGUACUUGGACGAUCCAGCAAAGGUGAAGCGGCUGCUUUUGCCAACCAAGGUUUCGACCACAAGUGCGGGAGGAGGCGGAGGUAAAAACGCAGCAGGGAGAGGGGAGGCGUCUUCUCCCAGUCUGAUGAACCUGUUGAUGGGAGUUAAAGUGCUGCAACAAGCUAUAGUAGAUCUGCUGUUGGACAUCAUGGUUGAGUGCUGUCAACCAUCGGAAGUGAAGAAGUGCAACGAUGUGCCGGUGGAGAACAAACGAGGUGGAUUUUAUGAAGGGAACAAUUGGCAGGCUGCUAAGCCCGCGGCCGCAGGGGGAGUGGACUGGCGGAACGGCGGUUCAGCUGUAGAAUCUCGAGAUAGUGGAUUAAGCUCAAUUGAUCAGCGACUAGAAGUAGGAGGAGAUGGAUCUUCAGGAGCACAGGCUGUGCAAAGCAGUGACUCGUUGGCUGUAGAUAUGCCAGUGGGAAGGGCUGCUGCUCUAUCUGUGUCGUCCGUGCAGUCUGAGCCGGCAGCGAGCCAAGAGUCAUGUGUUCCAGAUACUAUGAAUAAUACUUUCUCAAACCAUGCUCAGAAGCCGAAGUGGCCUGAGCAAUCCGACGAGCUUUUGGGAUUGAUAGUGAAUUCUUUAAGAGCCCUGGAAGGAGCUGUACCUCAGGGUGUUCCGGAGCCGCGGCGAAGGCCACAAUCAGCGCAAAAGAUUGCACUGGUGUUGGAGAAGGCUCCCAAGCAUUUACAGCCGGACUUAAUAGCUCUGGUGCCAAAGCUGGUAGACUUGUCGGAGCAUUCGUUGGUUGCAUAUUCUUUGCUGGAACGGCUUCAGAGACCGGACGCGGAACCUGCGUUGCGAUUACCGAUGCUGGGAGCAUUGAGUCAAUUAGAAGUGAGCAGCGACAUCUGGGAGCAGGUGCUGCAGCAGGCUUUAGAUAUUCUGCCGGAGUUAGUGGACGAACCACUGGCGGCAGUGAUGAGCUUCGUGUUCAAGGCUGCUACCGAGAGCCAACAGUUGCUGCGAGCGGUUGCGGCAGUGCGGAGAAGGUUCAAAAAGCUGGGCCCGGCUGUCUCUCCUCGGGUGCUGGAUGUGGUGCGGAGCACUGUGAGCAGCAAUGCAGACGUGGCGGAAGCACUACUGCGGGACAUCGAUAACGAUUCCGAUCGCAGCGAGACUGAUAUUACAACGGCAGGAAUAAACAUAGUGUUUGGAGACAACCGGGAUGGCGAUGGAGCCGCUCAAUUGCAGGUUGUGUCGCAUUCGUGGAGGAGGUGGGUUUUGUCGCGGGGGACUCCCACACAUGUGGUUCAGGUUCUUGGUCGUGGGAGUUUGCUGAAAUGUUUGUGGCGGACCAACCUGUAUUUGCAGGCAGCAGCUGAGAAGGUGGCAGCGUCUUGUUGGAGGGUUGCCGAUGUGGACUUUCUGGUUGAAAUGUUGACGAUGCCGACGUUGAGAAUAGAGGCCCAACGUGUGUUCGAGCGAGCGAUUGCGCGGGGGGCUUUCGGGGAGCAAUCAGUAGUCAUGGUGCUGGAAAGACGACGAUCUCAGCGGCUCAUUCUCGGCACUCGAAUGGGUGCUAGUGCUGGGAAUGCAGCGGCAUCCCAUGUUCAGGAUCCAUUGAUGCCUGGGACUCCAGGCGGAGGAAUUGACUACUUACAUCCUGUGGAAGAGGAUGUGGACUUCCCCGCAGUUCUUCAGCUCGCGGAAGCUCUGGCCCUGUCUCGCGAUCUAAGAGUUCGCGAGUUCGUGUCGACGAUGUACGCGGUUAUGUUCAAAGUGUACGGCGACGAGGGUUAUCAUGAGCGUAUGCUGAGGGGUCUUGUAGAGCGAGCAACCAGUAGCACUAGCGGCCCACACGAGGUAGAGUUAGGAAUGGCUAUACUGACGUUCUUGGUGCGGGAGGAGGAAGGGACGGCGCGUCCUGUGUUGAGCAUGAUGUGUAAGGUGGCCGAAGCGGCGAACGGGGAGCGGAACGUUUUGUGGCAGCAGCUACGAGCUCGGGAAGAUGACAUCGUACGAUUGAGGAACGAGCGCCAAGCAGAGUUGGCUCGAGUAUCUCGAGAGAAGGCCGUGUUGUCUCAAAGACUUGUGGACGCCGACAUAGCGCAAGGUCGAUUAAAGGCGGAAAUGAGAGCAGAGAUCGACAGAGUGGGUCGUGAAAAGAAAGACAUGGCCGAGCGGAUUCGGGAAGUUGAGAAUCAGCUGGAAUGGGUGCGCUCCGAGCGAGAGGAGGAGAUCGGGAAGCUCCUGAACGAGAAGAAGGGGCUACAGGACCGGCUGAGGGACACCGAGGCCCAACUUGCGCAGCUCAAAUCGCGUAAACGAGAUGAGCUGAAGAGGGUUAUGAAAGAGAAGAAUGCGUUGGCUGAGAGAUUAAAGACCGCGGAAUCCGCGCGGAAGCGAUUCGAUGAAGACAUCAAGCGAUAUGCGACGGAGUCGGUAACCCGAGAAGAGAUUCGGCAGUCCCUCGAAGACGAGGUCCGCCGGCUGACUCAAACAGUAGGCCAGACGGAGGGAGGGCUCAGGGAGAAGGAGGAGCAGGUGAUGCGGUGCGAAGCGUACAUCGACGGAAUGGAGUCGAAGCUGCAUGCUUGUCAGAAUUACAUCCAAACGCUGGAGGCGUCUUUGCAGGAAGAGAUGUCUAGACACGCGCCGCUGUACGGGGCCGGUCUUGAAGCACUGUCGCUGAGCGAGCUAGAGACGCUAGCGCGCAUCCAUGACGAAGGGCUGCGGGCGGUCCGGUUACUGCAGCAGCAGAGAGGGGCGGGGGGUGCGGAGCACAUGGCGAACAUGGAGUCCAUGGCAAACCACUCCCCACUCCCUCCGCCUUUGGGCAUGUAUGCAACUCCACCACCGAUCGCCGUGGGGAUGCCCUCCAUCAUGGCGAACGGGAUGAGCGUGCACGGUAACGGGCACAUCAACGGCACCGUGGGGCCGUGGUACCCUCCAACUUAAGCUUAUGAAAAUUGCCGGGUUGUAUUCCCGGGGGGGAGGGGGGUGGCGGGGGGAGGUGGGCAUGCGCACCUCAUGUUACUUCAGCGAACGAAUGUUUUAGAGUAAAAUUAUUUCUUUUAUUCCGCCUUGGACAUGCGGUAUCACUUGGCUACUACUUGUCUCGGUGUGUCGGUGCAACUGUGAUGUGUGUAUCAUUGGAGUUCAGCCCAGAGCUGAAAGCGGGUCCGGGGUGGUGUGAGGAACGGACCAACCGGUGGAGGGUUUGGAUAGUCGUCAGAACAGGGCUUGCGUUGAAUGUGUGGAUGUGCGGGUUGGGAAAGGUGUUCAAACUGGUGACAAACUGAUUCAGGUGAUGUGGGUUUAGUAUAAGUUCAUCCAGAAGGACUUUAAGGGUGGCUACCACAAUAAUUAUGCGGAUAACAUGGUGUGUGAAUAUGAUGAACUGUCUGUGCCGGCACGAAAGCCUACAAAUGCACCGACAAAGCGUUGAGGAUUUCAUGCGUCUUA